GGCGGGAGGGGAGCGGCGGGGCUGCACCUGGGGCGCCCCGGUCAGGUCCGCGCCGCCGCCUAUUUUUAAUAGCAUCUUUUGGACUUAUUUCCUUGGUCUCAGUCCUCGACCUCAGCGCUGCCUGUGCUAUCGCAGCCUCUCCCUAGGUCUCCUCCAAACGACCACCUCGGAUUCCUUAUGGAUCGCAGCUCCAAGAGGAGGCAGGUGAAGCCUUUGGCAGCUUCUCUGCUAGAAGCUCUCGAUUAUGAUAGUUCAGAUGACAGUGAUUUUAAAGUUGGAGAUGCUUCAGAUUCUGAAGGGAGUGGUAAUGGAAGUGAAGAUCCUUCAAAGGACAGUGGAGAAGGUUCCUGUAGUGAUUCUGAAGAAAAUAUUUUAGAGGAAGAACUGAAUGAAGACAUUAAAGUAAAAGAAGAACAACUUAAAAAUUCUGCAGAGGAAGAAGUACUGUCAUCAGAAAAACAGUUAAUUAAGGUGGAAAAGAAAGAGGAAGAAGAGAAUGGAGAAAGACCUAGAAAGAAAAAGGAAAAAGAGAAGGAGAAAGAAAAGGAAAAAGAGAAAGAGAAGGAGAAAGAAAAAGCAACAAUAUCUGAUAAUGUGGCGGCUGCUGCUGCUGCUUCCACCACGCCAGCCACAAGUCCUCCUGCUGCUAACACAUGUCCUUCAGUCCCCACUACCACAACUACUGAGGAGCAAGUCAGUGAGCCAAAAAAGUGGAACCUUCGUCGGAACCGACCACUUUUGGAUUUUGUGUCCAUGGAAGAGCUGAAUGACAUGGAUGACUAUGACAGUGAAGAUGACAAUGAUUGGCGACCCACUGUAGUAAAAAGAAAGGGAAGAUCUGCAUCUCAGAAGGAAGGAAGUGAUGGAGACAAUGAGGAUGACGAAGAUGAGGGGAGUGGGAGUGAUGAGGAUGAGAAUGAUGAAGGCAACGAUGAAGAUCAUAGCAGUCCUGCCAGUGAAGGGGGCUGCAAGAAGAAGAAGAGUAAAGUUCUUAGCAGAAACAGUGCUGAUGAUGAGGAACUGACCAAUGAUAGCCUGACACUAUCUCAGAGCAAGAGUAAUGAGGACUCGCUGAUUCUUGAGAAGAGUCAAAACUGGAGUUCUCAGAAAAUGGACCAUAUUCUGAUUUGCUGUGUUUGUCUUGGAGACAAUAGUGAGGAUGCGGAUGAAAUAAUUCAGUGCGACAAUUGUGGCGUUACCGUUCAUGAAGGUUGUUAUGGAGUUGAUGGAGAGAGUGACUCGAUUAUGAGUUCAGCUUCUGAAAACUCCACUGAACCUUGGUUUUGUGAUGCCUGUAAAUGUGGUGUUUCCCCUAGCUGUGAACUGUGUCCCAAUCAGGAUGGAAUUUUCAAGGAGACAGAUGCUGGAAGAUGGGUUCACAUCGUUUGUGCCCUGUACGUUCCUGGUGUAGCCUUUGGAGAUAUUGACAAAUUACGACCAGUAACACUAACAGAAAUGAACUAUUCCAAAUAUGGUGCCAAGGAGUGUAGCUUCUGUGAAGACCCUCGUUUUGCUCGAACUGGAGUUUGCAUUAGCUGUGAUGCAGGGAUGUGCAGAGCCUAUUUCCAUGUGACCUGUGCUCAGAAGGAAGGUCUGCUUUCAGAGGCAGCAGCAGAAGAGGAUAUAGCAGAUCCAUUUUUUGCUUAUUGUAAGCAACAUGCAGAUAGGUUAGACAGAAAGUGGAAGAGAAAAAACUACUUGGCUCUGCAAUCCUAUUGUAAAAUGUCUUUACAAGAGAGAGAGAAGCAGUUAUCACCAGAAGCACAGGCAAGGAUCAAUGCCCGGCUUCAGCAGUAUCGUGCCAAAGCAGAACUAGCUCGAUCCACCAGACCCCAGGCCUGGGUUCCGAGGGAAAAAUUGCCCAGACCACUCACUAGCAGUGCUUCAGCCAUUCGCAAACUUAUGCGGAAAGCAGAACUAAUGGGGAUCAGUACAGAUAUCUUCCCAGUGGACAAUUCAGAUACUAGUUCUAGUGUGGAUGGAAGGAGAAAGCAUAAGCAACCUGCUCUCACUGCUGAUUUUGUGAAUUAUUAUUUCGAGAGAAAUAUGCGCAUGAUUCAAAUUCAGGAGAAUAUGGCUGAACAAAAGAAUAUAAAGGAUAAAUUAGAGAAUGAACAAGAAAAGCUUCAUGUGGAAUAUAAUAAGCUCUGUGAAUCUUUAGAAGAACUACAAAACAUGAAUGGAAAACUUCGAAGUGAAGGACAAGGAAUAUGGGCCUUACUAGGCAGAAUCACAGGGCAGAAGUUGAAUAUACCGGCAAUUUUGCGAGCACCCAAGGAGAGAAAACCAAGUAAAAAAGAAGGAGGCACACAAAAGACAUCUACUCUUCCUGCAGUACUUUAUAGCUGUGGCAUUUGUAAGAAGAACCAUGAUCAGCAUCUUCUUUUAUUGUGUGAUACCUGUAAACUCCAUUACCAUCUUGGAUGUCUGGACCCUCCUCUUACGAGGAUGCCAAGAAAGACCAAAAACAGUUAUUGGCAGUGUUCUGAAUGUGACCAGGCAGGGAGCAGUGACAUGGAAGCAGAGAUGGCCAUGGAAACCUUACCAGAUGGGACCAAACGAUCAAGGAGGCAGAUUAAGGAACCAGUGAAAUUUGUUCCACAGGAUAUGCCUCCAGAACCCAAGAAGAUUCCAAUAAGAAACACGAGAACCAGAGGACGAAAACGAAGCUUCAUUCCUGAGGAAGAAAAACAUGAGGAAAGAGUUCCUAGAGAGAGAAGACAAAGGCAGUCUGUGUUACAAAAGAAGCCCAAGGCUGAAGAUUUACGAACUGAAUGUGCAACUUGCAAGGGAACUGGAGACAAUGAAAAUCUUGUCAGGUGUGAUGAAUGCAGACUGUGCUACCAUUUUGGUUGUUUGGAUCCUCCUUUGAAAAAAUCUCCUAAACAAACAGGCUAUGGAUGGAUAUGUCAGGAGUGUGAUUCUUCAUCUUCUAAGGAGCCUGCUAUGAAUUAUGAAGCCACCACUCAGAAUCGAAACUGUAGAAGAUGAAGAUGAAAAUGAAGCUGAAAGAAAAAAUAUAUCUCAGGAGCUCAGCAUGGAACAGAAAAAUUCAAAGAAAUAAAGGAUUUUCUGUAGUGUUUUGAGAAGUUUGCAACUUAUGUAGUAGCAGAUAAAAUUUCUAAGUGUAAAAUGUUAAACUGUAAAAUCUAAUUUGCAAAAUGUUCUCAAUAAAGUCGUUGAAAAUGAAA